CAGCCGUAAUCAUGAGUCAAAAUCGAAAUCGCACGAACAGCAAUAGCAGUGAUGAUGGUUCAGUAAGCAACUGGGCAGUAGCAGGCUUGGUGGGACUAGCCGGACUAGCUAUAGGUGCCGGAGCGUACUACCUGACUUCAUCCUCAUCAUCGCAGGCGGAAGAACGGAAGAAAAAGGAAGAAAGAGAGAGGGCAGAGGCAAGACAGAGGGAACAGGCCAGGCAAGAAGCGGAGAACCAAGGAGGAUAUGCUGGAUGGAAUUUAUUAACCAAUGUGGCCUGUGCUGUAGGCAGCGCUGUAAUGGGAUCCCAGAUGUCUGCAGCUGCACCCUUAGAGCCAGAGCCUGUGCUGGUGGUCCCGGAUCAUCCGGUGAUCACAAACAUGAACGGGCUGCUGCAUGACAUAUAUGUGCGGUACAUAGCGCUGAAGGAUAAAGAGUUUGAGGAGCACUAUAAUGUGUUCAUGAAUAUAUUUUACCGGCUGCAUGAGCAGAUGAAGGUGGCAGAUAAAUACUAUAAUCGCUAUUCAAGUACUGUACAAUUCGCGGGCAGCCACUACGAUCGCCUGCGUAUCAACAAGCCUGAUGAAUUCGACAUGGACAUAAUUAUCGGUUUACCUGUCAACAUCAAGGAGGCCCCAAACCCGGCCAACAGCGACAUAGUCCUCGAACCCAAGGCCCCCGGCUUCAUACAACUGAAGGCCGGGACACAGUUCCAGAACCUGCCCAAGAGAGACGGCGGUGACUGGCUCAUCAAUAGAACUGCGCACGAGUGGCUGGAUGAGAGGAACUAUUUGCUCCGCUCGAAAUUCGCUGACUGGUUUAAAAGUGUUGUUAACAAGGCAAUGAACAGUUUCCCCGCAGACCCGUCGUCCGGUCGCCGCGUGCUGAACGUGGACGGUAUUCCGUACACCUUGUGGCUGUCGUCGAGCGGGCCGGCCAUCACGCUCAUCAUCAAGAACUCGAAGGGGUUCCGGUUGGACGUGGACCUGGUCCCGGCCCUCAAGUUCCCUGAGGAACGCUGGCCUAUCUGCAAACCGUAUAGAAAGGUGCCAGACAACUGCCACCACGACAUAUUCAUGGUGGUGCCGAAGCCCAUGAAGGGCGGGCUGAGCCGCUACGACACGGAGCGCUCGUGGCGCAUCGCCAUGCACCUGCAGGAGCGAGACAUCAUGCACGCCACAGAGAACAUGCGCCAGGCCAUACGACUGAUCAAAAAACUCCGCGACUCCCAAGGCUUGAACAAAAUAGCGAGUUACUACAUCAAAACGAUCUUCUACCACGAGGCUAUAGCGCGGCAAAACGAAACCCAUUUCUGGCGUAACAGCCAAUCCUAUCUCUUCAAUAUUAUGGUGAAAAAGUUCAUCGAGCAUCUCGAAUCCGGAGAAAUUGCGUAUUUUUGGAACAAGGAGAACAAUCUCAUUGGACACAUUGAAAGAUCCACGUUAACGGGCUAUGCUAAUAAGCUGAAGAAAAUGGUACCGAUUUUGGACGAUCCGUCGAAAUAUAAACAGGCUGCGAAGUAUUUGCUUACAGAAAGCCAGUUUAAGGCGUACAACGAUAAAUUCUUGCACAUUUGAGAAGUG